ACACACAAUUUCAUUUUUCUUCUCACCUCUCCACACAAAAAUAUCUCUGCGUGUUUAACGGUGUGUUUUAGUCUGUGUGUGAUUAUGAUGGAGGAAGUCGUUUACGAUGCUUGGAAUUUGUAAACAACCAAGUUUAGAAGAAUUGGUUCAUUUAUCACCGAUUUAAGAUCUCUUUUGCAGAUAUGUCACCUCUUGAAAAGGGAGAUGCAAGCAUACUGGGUGAUGUUAUGUUCAGCUGGGGUCAUAAGGAACCCCCUGGUGACAAGAAUCUCAACCGACAGUAUUAUAGAUCAUUCACUUAUGAUGGUGUGGAGUAUUUACUCUACGAUACGGUAUACCUGUGGGCCGAAGGUCAACCAAGUCCACACAUUGGCAAAAUUGUCAAGAUUUUUGAGACUCCACACCUUGAGAAGAAGGUGAAGGUUGUUUGGUAUUUCCGUCCAUCCGAGGUUGAAAAGUGGCUAAAGGGCACUCGUGUACUCCACAACGAGUUAUUCUUGGCUUCUGGUCAAGGCCUUGGUCUCUUUAAUAUUAAUGCUUUGGAAACAAUUUCUGGGAAAUGCAACGUUAUUUGCACAUCAAAUGACGGGAGGAAUCCUAAAGCAUCAAUGGAAGGAUUAAAAAUGUCUACGUAUGUAUUUUCUCGUACAUUUGAUGUUAAAGAAUGCAGAAUAUCCGAAAUAUUUCCAGAUAAGAUAGCCGGAGUUCCUGUAGGACAUUUUUUCAAUCCAAAACCCAAGGAGAACUCCAAAGUUACUGUGGUAAAAGACUUGGUUUUGAGGAUUCCUACUUCAAAUGUUGGUAAACUGACAUCCUCGUCCUCCAGUGCGUCUGAUUCUUGCCACCCGAAGAAAAGGAAGCUUCUAGACUUUGAAAGCAAUAAAGGCGAGAACGUUGAAAAGAAAAGACCGACAGUGGAUUCAAGCAACUGGUUCAAGACAAUGAAAUUACCUUGGGAAGAAAGAAUGCAGAAAGCUCGGGAAACAGGAUCCCUGGUAUUGCUAGAAAAUCUGUACACAUCCUUUACGUCGUUAGAUGUAGAGGAGAUUGUUAUGGAUGCUUUUAAUAUGAAGGUCAGUGCAAAGAUGGUACGACGCACUGCAUUUUCAAGCCCAUACAUUGGGAAAGCUUUUGUUGUAUUUGGCUCAAAAGGUGAGGCAGACUUUGCUAUUUCUGAGUUAAAUACAAAAUGCCUAAUCGUUGGAGAUACAAGGCCUAUUAUAGGUAGUCGCCCAUCAUUGAGGGAGCCUGGUAACCACCCAUCACAGAAGUUUGGAUACAUCAGAAUGGACUCUAUGAGAUAUAAGAGGCAGUGGAUGGAGCAGAAAAAGGGAGGUUCAACUUCUCAUUUUUCACAGCCCAAUACGGUCGAAUUUGAUAUGGCAAUGGAGUGGCGAACACUGCAAGAGAAGUCGGAAUUAUGGUGGGAUGCAUUAUUCAAGCAACAAGCGAAGGAAAUUGCUAACCUUAGAGAUUGCUUCAAGUCCACUCCCACAAUCUCACCUAAAGAAAUAUAGUUUAUGCUGCUGGAGACGUGUAGGACAAAAUUAGUUUUUGCUGCUGGAGAUGUGUAGGACCAGUUUUUUAGUUUACAGGAAACCAAACUGAGGUCCCCUUUUUGUUAUUUGUGGUGGAUCUCACCUUCACAGAGCUGUACAGAGAAUUGAACCAUGCCAAAGCGACAUAUACUUUCCCGCAUUUUUGUUUGAUAUGCUUCUUGAGUAUGUUGGUAACAUGACCAUCUAUACGAGAAGUACAGUCUGCUAUAUAUAAUUUAGCUUAACUUAUGAUU